AUCGACAGUUUCAUCAUGAAGGCAGGUGUAAGACAGCUUCUAGGCUUGGCCGUGGCCAUCAUCAGCUUUGCGGUGACCAUCCUCAUCUGUGCUCUCCCACAAUGGAAAGUCUUAAAAGUCCAGGGUUCAGGAAGUGGUGAUUCUACAGUAUAUUCUAGGGGUUUGUGGCAGCUCUGUGUGACCGACAAUAUGUAUGGGACUCGGUGCUUCAUAUAUGAAAAUGCACCGAUAACUCAAGACCUGAAGGCUGCCAGAGCGCUCAUCAUCAUUGCCAUCAUUGUUGGGUUCACUGGGAUCCUGCUUGGUGUUGCUGGGAGCAAGUUCAUCAGCUUUGUGCCAGAUGAAAGGAAAAAGAGCAAAAUGGCCAUGGCUUCUGGAGUUGUGUUCUUCAUUGCAAGCCUCUUUGUACUAAUACCAGUCUGCUGGAUCACCAACACCAUCAAUGAUAAUUUCAACUAUGAGCGGUCUCCUGGCUCUCCUGACUCUCUGAAGUGGGUGUUGGGAGCCUCCAUCUACAUUGGCUGGAUCACCACAGGGCUGUGGUUCCUGGGAGGAGGCCUCCUCUGCAGCUCCUUUCUCUGCAGGGAUGGGACUGACUAA